GUACUCCUGCGUUUCCCUCAGUGGCGGCAUUUUAAGUUUAGUGAUCUGGACAGGUUGAUACACUUAAGUCACCGCCUGAGAGGAGACUGCGGGGUUCCCGUGGCUCCGCGAAAUGGGCCCAGCUGGUCCGCCGACCUUCCGGUGCAGAUGAGAGAAGCGGGGCUCCGCCUACGGGAGCGUCCGGGAAGCCUGGGUUGAACGAAAGGAGGAAAGGGCGCCCGCGGGCCAUGGCCCCACCUCCAGGGGUAGGUCCCGCGUCUCUGCGGUUUGCUGCCGCCGCCAGCUGGCUGGUAGUCCGCCGUCGCCGCGUAGAGCACUUCCCGAAAGUGGUGGAGUUUCUGCAGUCCUUGCGCGCUGCUGCCCCCGGCUUGGUUUGCUACCGGCACCAUGAACGCCUGUGUAUGAGCCUAAAGGCCAAGGUGGUGGUGGAGCUGAUCCUGCAGGCGCGACCCUGGGACCAGGUCCUGAAUGCCCUGAAGCAUCACUUCCCAGCAGAGUCCAGAACAACAAAAGAAGACAGGAAGCUUUUGGAGGCACGGGAAAAUUUUUGCUUGCUUGUGAAGCACCUGUCAGAGGACCCGCCUUCGAGCCUGCAGGAACUAGAACAAGACUAUGGGGAAUCCUUUCUAGUUGCCAUGGAAAAGCUGUUGUUUGAAUACUUGUGUCAGCUAGAGAAAGCACUGCCUCCAGUCAGAGCACAAGAGCUUCAGGAUGCUCUAAGUUGGAGUCAGCCGGGCUCGUUCAUCACUUCUUCGGUUGCUUUGCACCAGUAUGGUAUGGACAUGGGGUGGACAUUUCCAGAGAGCUCUACUUCUGGCUCAGGGAAUCUGAUAGAGCCCAUGGAAGAGAGUCCUCAUCAGCAAACCAGGCCAGCAUUCCACAGUCCUCUGCCUAAAGCUAAGCUUGGCCCUCACCAGCCAGCUUCACUGGAGCACCCAGAACACUUAGCUGGCCACCGCUUUAAUCUGGCCCCUUUGGGAAAGCGAAAAUCCCGAUCACAUUGGACAUCGGCAAAGGCGUGCCAUAAAGAGCGGCCCACAGUCAUGCUACUCCCAUUUAGGAACAUGGGCUUACCAGCUCAAGACUUAUCUAACCCUAAAAGCAGGGAAGAACCCGGUGCGGCCUCAGCAGCUUCUGUGGGAACAGAGCCAGUCUGCACGGAGGAGGCUAAGACUCCAUCUCGGCCUUUGGGGAAAAGGGCAUUAGAGGAGACCCCACCUGACUCACCGGCUGCAGAGCAGGAGAACAGUGUGAAUUGCGUGGAUCCUCUAAGACACUCAUCACCGCCUCUUACAGUCAAGAAACCAGUGCUGUCCCCAACCCCGUGUAGCUCUGUUAUUACCAUAGGGGACUUGGUUUUGGACUCUGAUGAGGAAGAAAAUAACCAGAAGGAAGGGAAGGAGUUUUUGAAAAACUACCAGAAGACGAAGUUUGACACCUAUAUCCCCAUGUUUUGUGACUACAUCCCGUAGUGUCCUGCCUAUUCCUUUCUGGCUACCUAAACGGUUCUCACUCAGGUCCUCUGGAAUAUUCUCUGCACUCUGUCCAUCUUCUGCUGCAGCUCUGCAUGCAAUUUAGUGGAAAAGAAGAGGAAGUCCAGACUUGAGUUGCCUGGCUACAUUGCUGAAAGCUUUGUAGCACUUGAAAAUUAAAUAUUGAUUUGUUUCACUAUUGAUGGGAAGAAGGGGAAUAAAGACUUGCAUAGGUCUGUGUAGGUCAUUCCUCCGAAACAUAACAGGCUUCUCUUAGCUGGUUGAGGCCCUUCUCAUAUUUACUCCUUUGGCAAGAGUUUAGAUUUACAUAGAAGGGUUGAGAGAGCCUGGAAGGGAAACUGUCCUUAUGCCAUCCUAACAGUCAUCCCUAAGGCCAGAAUACACUUUGUAAACUUGCUUGCUACCAAGUUAGCUUAGGCUGGCGUCGCUGCUUCCUGAGAAUAACAUUCAUUUCCCUGGAUCCUACUGGGUCAGGGUCAAUCCCAGGAGGAGCAUCUAGAUGCCAGCCUGUGCUGGAAGCCCAGCAUCCAUCUGUAUGAGAGUGUUUCAAGUAUAGAAGAACGUCUAAGCUGUUUAGACACGUGAUGAUGUCAUUUAAUGAAGCUGCUUAACAUGAUUCCCGCAGCCUUCCCUUUCCAGACCAAGGGCUGCCAUUUCUGUGUGGAUUAGCAUCUUCCUAAUCUUCGGGGGCUGUCCCCAGGGUCUCAUUUGUUGAUCUCACGUCUCCUUCCUCGCCUCUCCCGUAGUGCCAUAACAUUGUGCAGCUAGAGGCAUGGGUGAGUAGAGUGAGAGCUGGAACUGAAUUAGGCAGCCACCACCACAGGGGCUGCAGUGGGAGAGGCACGCCCUGUCGGGAGGCUCCAGUGGCAGUGCUGCUGCCUCAGGAAAGUAGGCUUCUUGGGUCUACUGGGAAUUGCUGAAGAUUGGAUUCACUUGCUGGGUGACUCGGAUAAAAGUAGUUCUCCGGCUUAGUUCCUUCAGUUUAGCAGCCCCUACAUACGUGCAUGUAGACCGGAUGCCUCCUAGGAUGUCACGAAUAGUAUGUUCCACAUCGCCUUUAAAGGGGACUUCUACUAUCUUUCCCUCUGAGGCCCUUGGAAAACAAAAACUUUUAUUACCUCCUCCUGCAGAACUCUUUAAGCCCAGUUACUCAUCCUGUCUCUGACAUUUAUACCCCUUCACCGUUUUUCUCUCAGGAGUGAUACCGUACAUUCCCCAGAGGGUAUGACAACAUCUUUCAUAGAGUCGUCACCAGGAACAUUCAGGUGCUAGCCUUCCACACAUACCUGUACUCAGCCACACCUCCUGAGUACUUCUUCAUGGCCAUUUCAGAACUCAUUCCGUAGAAGAGCUUAUAUUUCUUGCCAUCUCUCUCAAUGAGUUCGCCACCUGAUUCACUGUGCCCGGCCAGCAUGCCACCCAACAUCACAAAGUCAGCCCCUGCCCCUGCCAAAAACAAGAAGUUGAAAAAGAUGCAUCUGGCCGAGGUACCUAUAAAGGCACCAUCAAAAAAACAGCUUGUGUGAGUCUCACUUCCUGCUGGGUCUGUUUGCAUAGCUGAUCCAAGUUCCUUGAGACUGCCUCUACUCUGGCCUCUGGUCCCCAGUGGGACUAACUUCCCCAAGAGUUUUAAAGACCUAGAAGUUCCCUGACUGGCUUCUGCUUUUCCAAUCUUCAUUUUACAGUUCCCAGCUCAGUAUGACUUUGGUUCUAAGACAAUAGGUCUCCAAAUUUUAUAAAGAUCACCUUGGGAAUAGAAAAAUGAAUAUUUGUAGUUCUGUUCCUCAGGGUGAUUUUGUAGGUUAGAUACAGGGUUUAGCAAUCUACAUUUUCAAUCUAGGGCAUGUCAUAAAUGGCUCUGGCUUACGCUUGGGAGGGUCAAAAUCUCAGGAUUUCCUCGAUUGCUUGUUCCCAGGUGACACUUUAGGUUCCUGAGGAGGUCACUGGUUUAUAUUAUGAUUCUAAAUGGCUCCUUCAGCUGUGUCUAGCUUGACAUCUUGCCCUUAGACCCUCAGAGGUGAUUUAUCUUCUACAGGAUCUUCCUGCCGUGCCCUCCCAGUCUCCUUACCAAAAGCCUUUGCCACAUCCCCAGGACAGCUGCAGCCUCCAUCCUACAAAGUAAGGAAUGCUGUGAGAGACAGCAUAGAUUUCUCAAGACUUCUCAACUGCCCAUGUCAAAGGACUAGAACUAAUGUCCUGACCAGGACUUCACCAGAGCCCCACCCUACAGAAAACAGUGGCUGCUGGGCAGCCACAAACCCUCUCCAGGUCUUGAGUCUUACUGAGAUGAUAUGGCCUUUGAGGCCAUGAGCAGCAUCUGCACACUCCAUCACUGCACUGAGCUGUGGAUACCCCACUCCAGUUUUCUUCCGAGUUGUACAGACAGAGCCUGGGAAGAGGGACAGAGGUGAGAGUAAACUGGCCUAUGGUUUUGCCUCCAACGGGACAGAUGAGACGAUGGUCCCAAGGAACCAGCUUACCAGGACCAAUUCCCACUUUGAUGAUGUCAGCCCCAGAAAGGAUUAACUCUUCUACCAUCUCUCCUGUUACCACAUUUCCUGCCUGAGACAAUAAUCAAAACAGAGCACUCUUAGGGUCGGUGGUGGAGAGCAGCUUUUGUGCUUUCAUAUAAUCCAUGCCUCAACUGUGACCUUCCUAUUAUAAAUAAAGGGUACCUAGAGCCCUCAGGACUUUCCACCAACUCCAAAGGACCUAGAUUCCCAGUUACCCUUCCCAUCCCACAUACAUACUUUGACUUAGUGUGAAGGAUAGAGGAAACAACAUUGUCUAGGGUAAAAACAGGACCAGAAUGACCUUUAAGGCAGCAAGGUGGGCAACAAGAUAUAAAGUGGCAUUAAAGAGCAGUUGUUGAGUCAGAAACCCCACUCAGAUCGACAGUAGUGCCCUUUCAUUACUAGGGGACUGCUGCCCAGUCCUGAAGCUCUCUACCUUGAAAAACAUGGACAGUCACAGGAAUGUGGGUUAAAAUAUCCAUCUGCCCAACAGAAUGUGGACAGUGCGACACCCCCCUUCAAUGCUGUGAAGAAAAUGAAGCCUUGGAUUUUAUCUCUAAUAAGCUUCUAAAAAAUAAAACAAUAGUUUUAUAUGA